GCACUAUUUUGCUAACAUUUGAGACAUGAAUUCCCAUAAGCAUUUCCUAUCGAUAAUUAACAAUCUAUUUGCAAAAUGUCGGAUUUUUCAAAACAAGGUACUACGAGGCCAGGUCGCAGUCCAUUACGGACAUAUGAGACUUCGUGCACAUGCGGAACGUAGUUCGCUUCCACAUGUUCAACGCUGGUGAUUCGGGUAGGCUAUAGGAAUAAGUGCAUGUUGGCGCUCGGUUCACCUGUGACACAGUAGAAAUGCCGUCUGCUGGACGUGUACGUCAUCUUUGUUUUGGUGCAAUUUCUUUGCGUCGUCGGACAAAACCACCAUGUGGUCGGCGAUAGACCGGGUGUUAUUGUUCGAAGAGAAGUUAACUUGAGGUGUUCGUCUGGACUAGGCGGACUCCAGCGAAUCUUCAACGGUGGCCGCCACGAAUAGACAGGAACAAAAUCAAAGUGCCGGAAGUAAAAAAAAGCAAUAGAUUAUUCGGUUUAGGCAAAUCCCAAGGAGAAAAUUAGCUAAUUAUUCACGUAUAUAAAAAGCAGAAGUGCUAAUAAGUCAAGCCGUGUUUGUCACCAGGAUCUUUACCAUGACGGAAGACGUUACGUGGCUGUUCGGUCCGGAGCGAGCAGGCACGUUGAAUAGCAGUGGAUCACGGUGUUCUGACGUUUGGGAGGUACCAGCAUCCGACCGUUGUACAUUCGCACUUACGGUUGCUGAUUGUCGUAGCGGGGAAGCUCUUCUCGACUACGUCGAACUACUUUACUGUCGUUGGCAAGCUUUGCCUGUGCCUCCACUCUUACCAUUGAUCGGUCUAUUCUUGUUGUGUGGUGGAUUAGUGUGCGCUUUGGCUGGUGGUUUCGUCUCACCCGCAUUGGUCUUGCUCAAAAAUCGAUUUCAACUCGACGAAGCCAAGGCAGGUGCUACACUCCUGACCCUUGGAAAUGGUAUACCGGAUAUUAUGGGUGCAAUGGCAGCUGUCAAUAUGGGACACGAGGGCCUUGUUGUUGGCGAGGUCCUAGGCGGGACUUUGUUCGUUGUUGGCGUUAUCAUAGGAACUCUAUACACGGUUGGUGGGCGUGCACCACUUGGUCGCGGAUUCGGUGGAUUGCUAUUCUUCUUCGCCCUAGCCGUUCUUUACGUUGGCCAUAUUUACGUGACGGGUUCCGUGACCGGGACGCACAUCGCCAUUGGCGCGACCAUCUAUGUUGCAUACUAUGCGUAUAUCUUCAGUAUUCCGUCAAAAAAAGAAUCACUGGCGUUAAUAUUGAGUAACUCGGUCAACGUAAACGAGAAGACUCCUUUUUUAGCAACGAACAAUGUACUUUACAUUCCUAUCGACUGCUGCAAACAUGAGAAACAAGCUAAACCAAAACGAAGUUUAUUCUGUUCGUUCUGGAUUACCAUGUUCGCCUGUCUGGGAGCAACUUUUGAGGCGUUAGCGUACUGUUUCCAGCUGCCAUUCAGCGUUCUCGUGCCUACCGUACCUGAGAUGGAAUACGACUUAGCAGUCAGUCUAAUAAGUCUUACCUCUUCUGAUUCGGCUGCAUCUUCGACGUCGUCUUCGUUCGACAGUUCCUCCCUCUCCGAUUGUAGAAUGUUCGUCAGCUUCGACUGGAAUCAGCCACGAUUCGUUCUCUACCCAUGGCUGCUCGUUACCGCAUCCGGCCUAGCGUCUGCUAACGACACCGCGCUGUUCGCUAUGCUCGGCCUUCUUGCCUUUCUUAUCUAUCGGAUAAUGUGUUGCAUAGUGCCUCGACAAGUCAUCGAGACACUGACCACGUUCGCAGGCUUUAUUCUCAGUCUGUGCUUUCUGCACCGGCUUACAGCUGAAGUGGUGGCCGUUGUCCGCGCUAUGGGAUUGUGCACCCGACUCACUGAUGAGGUAAUGGGUCUUUCGAUUCUUACGUAUGGCAAUUUCGUCGGUGACAUUUCGACGUACAUCGCUGUGGUAAAUCGGGGUUGCCUUCGGAUGGCCCUCACCGGAUGCAUUUCGUCGGCUAUGUUGGCGUUAAUCUUCAACAUUUCGCUGGCGUUUUCGAUGCAGCUGGCAUAUCGGGGCGUAUGGCUUUGCCCAUUGACGCGUUCAACCGUCACCACUGUGCUUAUGGGUGCUGUUGCCCUUUGCCCAGUUCUUUUAGCGCUAUUCGCCGCAGUGUCGAGGUGCCAUUCGAACAUGACCAGCGGCAUCUGCCUUCUGUUUUAUUAUGCGAGCAUCAUGAUUCUUCUCAUUUAUACACAACUUUAGGGACCACCCGCAUCGUCACCCGCGUAUGUCUGGUGUAACCUGUUUGCUGGGUGGCUGGGCAGAGCUCACUAGUAAAUCUGAUUCGUCAGGGAGCAAUGAGUUAGACAGCAGUUGUCUUUCUGAUCUUCCUCGUUGACGGAUAUAUAAUGAUUACUGUUGAUCACAGAUAUGGCUACGAAACUAAUUAAGCGCAAAUCAAGUACUUAAUUUUACUUUGUAGAGAACUUGCGUUACCCCCGCACAAGUAGAGAAUAUCAAUGUAGUUGUACUGUAAUCCCACUUUCUUUAGCUUCGAAUCAGGUCUGUGUAAUUUACAUGUGUAACCUUCAUGUUAAGGCGAUCGAUUGUAUAUGGAGUCUGCAUGUUGCUUAUAACAAAUGAGAAAACUGCAACGGGAAAUUAAACAUUAUUGUUCGGACCCGACUUUUCGUCAGCGUGAUCCAACGUGAAAAAAGUUGACGAACGACCUCGUAUAACCUAGAACGUACGUAAAAUGCGAAAUAUUUUACGACGUUAUUUGACUGAGGUGCGCGCUGGUCAUCACAGUCCGUACUGAGUUCACAUGAGACGCAUAUGGUUAUCGGGAGCCCACAUGCAAGCGAAUUUUUAAAUUUAUUACAUAAAAAGGGUUUAGCCCUUAUAUGUAGCAAGGGCAAAUCUAGGAUAUGACUCGAGGAUUACCACGACCACCCUUGUAUGUACAUAACUAUUCACGAGAAAGCUACGUUGAAGUAUGUGAACAUAUAGAGACGUACGAAAACGUUCGAUUAGGCUCAGAAAAUUAAAAAGUUCCCAAACAAUUUUUUGUAUAUGUAUGUAUGUAGGAUUUUUAUUUCUUAAUACUGCUUGCUUUUCUAUCGAUAUAGACCUAAUAGGAUCAUGUAUAUAUGAUAUAAGGGAUGACUGUGUUUUGACAUUCUACGUAUAUGGAUCGCAGGGAAUAACAACUACAAUUUGUCUUGUCACGUAACAGUAAUAUGAAAGAUGUAUUUGUCGCGUUGGUGAGUUUGUUGACAUAGAGGCAGAGUCGGCAGUUGUUGAUUUCGUUUGUUUGUAUGCUGUCUACAUGCGAUUAAUAAUAGAUACCGGAUCCUUUCUAUGAACAGUGUGUAGUCAGCGGACUUGACCGAAUAACCCAGUUUAUAA